CGUGAUUGUUGGCAGAAAAAAAACUAUUAAUGGAGUCAUAUGAUGGUAGUGCCUCCAAGCAUCAAUAUCCAUCAGCAUUAAUUUUUAUCAGCACUACGAUUAAUGGCAAAAAGGUAAAAGCUAUGGUAGACACGGGUGCUACCACAUCGUUAAUAACAAUAUCCACAUUACAAAAAUGUUUUUAUCAACAUCGAAUUAAAAAAAAUCCUGGCGAAAUUACAUUAGGGGAUGGUAAAACAACAUUACAACGAUAUGGAUGGGUUAAUUUAUUAGUAUAUAUUAAUCAAAUCAAAACAAAAAUCCGAGCUAUGGUGGUUGAUGUUUUAACAAGUGACUUUGUACUAGGUAUGGAUUGGUUGAAUUAUUACGACGUUAUUAUUAGACCACGGCAUAAACAAAUACAUGUUCAUUCGCGCCGUCAACAAACUGUGAUUCCAUUUGAUGACGACUUACCUAUUGAUGGUAAAUUAGUUCAGCAAUAUACAAUUUUACC